UUACAUUGUAGAUAGCUGGUACUAGGCAUGAGAAAGCAUGUCAAGAUGCAUCCGUCCACAUUUGCAAUUUGAACUGAUGGACGCUCGACAAGAGGAGCUUGAGCGUACCAGUUGAGGUAGGCAUUCACUGAAGGGCCCCUAGGGUUCCCUGCCAGGUACAGCAACAUUCUACACAUUUGAAGCACUUACCCAACUUGACCUCGACGGCACUUCACAGACAAGUCGUAGGCGCAGGCAGUCAACUUGGACCUCAUCAUUCUACUACUGAGAUGAAUGCCUUGUACUAGUAUCCUUCAUCCAUCUCCGAGUCCUCAACGCUGUCUCUUGCCCGCCGUCAGUUACAAGUCACCGUUCUCUUGACAGAUUAUUACCUCAGCGUGCGGUUCGGUCACACAGGAUACGCUUGAUGGAUUGAUCGUCUCGAUCACAGAGCCUUGUCAGUGCCAGAACCGCAAGACUCGAAGAAGGCGAGCACCCAAGAUGACUGACCAGAAUCACUCCCACUCCCGCCCUCCCGGCAAUGACCCUACAUUCAGGGCAUCAUCUUACCCUUGGAUGGCUCAUAUGCCACCGGUGCAUCCUGAUGACUUUCCUCGCGCAUCAGGACCGCCCGUUUAUGAAGGAUUUGUUCCUCAUCCUGGUCAGGCACCUCAUAUGCCACCACCGCCGCAGUCGCAGGGGCCACAGCCUAAUGGGUUCCCUCCACAGUCGGCGCCAGAGUCAGGAAGACCAUAUCACCAGGCAAAUCCUGCUCAGCCAGCCCUGCUGGCCGAUUUGCGGAACUAUGCUCAGACCUCCUCGGGCCAUGAGCCCGGAUAUCAAGGGGUUUCCCAGUCUCGGCCUAUGAACCCAUACGAAGCUGUUCCGCGCCGUCCAGAUGUGCAGUCGAACUACAUUCCAUUCCCGCAGGAGAAGCUGCAUCAGUUGCCACCAAGACAGCAGCCAGCGAUGCAGCCUCACUAUCCUCCCCUCCCUCCAAGCUGGUCGUAUCAGCAUCCAUCUAUGCAACAGCCAUAUGGACACGCGAACUACCUUUCUUCCCAUCCAAGCGGUCCGUAUCAAGAGCCACCGGCAACGCAACCGAAUGUGCCGCCAAACUAUUCUCUUUCUUCGCAACAACCACCUGGAGGGCAGACUGGUGGCUUUUCAAACUCCAAUCCGAGCCAGUUGAACCAGCUAUUACAUCCACCACCGCCGGAGACGCAGUCGGAUUACAUUCCCUUUCCUCGUGAAAAGUUGAAUCAACUAGAGCUCGCGCGAGAAACCCGGCUCGCUUUGGAGCCAAACCGUCUGGCUGCUCCUCGCCUGCAAGAAGCGGACACAUCUGCUGAUGAGGACGACAUCUCUGUUGACGAGGCCGAUGAUACUGAGCGAAUCCCUCUCGCAGCUAGUCCUAAUACGCCCACUGGCCGUAAAUCUCGGAAACGUGGUGCGGCGAAGCCUGUCGGUGAUGACAAGCCUCCCAGAAAACGACGGAAGAAGGGUACCGGGACUCGCGGAGGCUGGAGCAAAGGUCUCAAGAUUGGUCCCAGACCGCCCAUUGACCCCGGUGCCGAAUUCAACCAACUCCACAAAAGCGCUAUGAAUGCCUUUAUCGACGACCAAGAUACAGAGAAGGCACUUGAACUGAUUUUGAAGGCCAUUGCGGUCAACCCGGAAAUAUAUGCAGCUCAUGCUCUCCUCUCAGAGAUCUAUUUUGCCAAAGGCGAAGAUGAAAAGGCCAUUGCUGCUCUUUUUAGUGGUGCCCACAGUGCCCCGAGAGACCCCGAAGUCUGGUGGCAGGUGGCGAGCGCAUGCUUGCAACGAUCGUCAGGCAAUCGCCAGACUGCUCUACAGCAAGCAAGCUACUGCUAUGCAAGGAUCAUACACAAUGACCCCAAAGAAUGUGAUGCUCGCCUUCAGCGGGCGGCCUUACAACGAGAACUUGGAAACUAUACCAAGGCGAUGAACGACCUAGAGUUUGUCCGAGAACAUAAGCCUCGUGAUUCAAAUGUCUUGAGGCAGAUUGCCGAAGUGUGUAUUGAUACUCGUGAUCUUGACAGAGCCAAAUCGCUUUACGAAGAGGCCCUAGCAUACUAUCGCGAAGCUGGCAUGGACGAAGAAGAUUCUUUUACCUGGACUGACAUUCUUGUCUAUGCCCAACUUCUUGCUCAAGAAGAACCUGCUGACGUUUCCUUGUCCAACGCCAUCAAGGCUUUGAGGUCAUUGUCCAGGUGGCUUUUGGGGAGAGGAGAAGAGACCUUCUGGGACGAUUACUCUGAGGAUGACAGGGAAUGGGAUUCCGAGGAUGAUCCGCGAAGAACAUUGGUCGAACAAUUCGUCCCUGGAAAGCAUCCUCUUGACACCUAUGGUACAGGUCUGCCUUUGGAACUUCGCGUUCGACUAGGCGUUUUCCGUCUGAGACAGGGUCCGGAGAUGCUGGAUGAAGCACUAGCGCACUUUGAAUGGCUUGAGCCAGACGCUCGAGAUGAGGAUGCCAAUGUCUACGAUUAUCCCGACCUGUUUCUGGAAGCCGCGCAGGCCUUGCACGAAGCCAAACAGCAUGAGCAAGCGCUCAGAUACUACCAAGCAUUGAAAGACAUCAAUGCCUAUUCCGAUACGGAUUUCUGGUUGGGCGUUGCUGCCAAUUCUUAUAUAUGUGGCAACAAAGAACAGGCCAUUGAAUGCUACGAGGAAGCCAAGGCUUGGGACGACAACUGCAUAGAAGCAAGGACUCAGUUGUCGAAAUUAUACGCCGAUAUGGGCGACAAGCAGAGGGCGAUGGAAAAUGCUCGUGAAGCCGUCCGCAUCGCCGACAACUCGGUUGUUCGGAAGGUCGAACGGCGGAAAUAUGAACGCAAAGAACAGCGCAUUGCUCGAGAGCAGGCAGAAAAGGCGCUGAAAUUUGCCUACAGCCUUCCCGGACCUAUUAGUGAUGGGGUCCCUGUUGAAAGGAUUGAGGCACGCAUUGGAAGGAGGCGAGGAAAGGGCAAAAAGAAUAAGCAAGCCAAAGCAGCGAUCACAGACGGAACGUCGGCAAAUGACAAUCCGGAUCGCCCUGUGCAAAGCGUCGAAGGACAGGACGGCGAGGUUGAGGGCGAGAAAUCAAAAAAGAAACCCCGAGUCUACAAACCGAGGUCCAAGCCUGCACCCAAGCCGAAACGCAUGACGGCGGAGGAAAAGGAGGCUUACAGAACCGAGAAUGUCAAUCGUCUUUACAAAGACCUGGUGGAGAACACAGAAGCCAUGAGGAAGGGCGACGAAGUGGCGCGCAACACCUGGAUGGACUGCGCCGAGUCCCUUAUCACCGAUUUCCGGAGCAACCGUGUGUUCUAUCCUGCUGAGCGAUACGUUACCUUUAAGGGGUACGAUCGCGAUUUUAAUGCCAGCGAUCGUCGGCGGAAGGCUCAUAGACAGCAAGAGCAAGAGCAAGAUGCCCUUGAGAAUGGAGAUGGUAACGGAGAUCAAGACAUCCCAAGUCCGUCGGUUGAGUCCACAGUUCCAACCGAGUACCGCGAGAUCACCUUCACGGAAUGGCUGGACGUGUUUCUUGAGUACGCAUUGCUGUUGGCGAACGAUUCGGAACCGGGAUCUCAACAGCGUUGCUACAACAUCAUCACGGCGGCUCUGGAUUGCUCGGUGUGGUACCAUGAUCCUCAAGCGAUCCUUCACAUCUACGUCACCUACUUUACCUGCGCACUGGCUCUCCGCGACUCACAGACGUUGUUCAACAUCGUCCUGCGGUGGUUCAUGCGCAGAUUCCAAUUCUGCACGGACGCCUAUCGACUCUUUGCCGGCAUGAACUUUCUCUUUCCCCAUCCCGACGACAAAGGUGGGAAAGAUAUCCAGAUGGCAAAUGCACAUUUCCGGAGUGGCCCGUCACAGAAAUUCAUGUUUCGCCAGGUCAUGGCGAUGGACAUGAAUCUUCCUCAGGAUUACAAUCCCGAAGGCUACGGUCCGGUACCCAGCUUCAUGCGACAGCAACCGUCACUUCUGGCCAAGGACGAGGGGGAUGAGGACCUGGCCAACGGGGAGGUGAUUACGCCCAAGGAACUGGAUGUUGUGCUUCUAACCCUCUAUGGCCACAUACUUUAUGCUGGUGGAAGCUUUCCCAACGCCUUGUCCUACUUCUUCCGAGCACGGUCGCUGGAUCCCAAGAACCCCGUUACCCUGUUGAGCAUUGCUCUGGCCUAUAUGCACGAGCUCUUGAAGCGACAAAGCGACAAUCGACAUAUGUUCUUCCUGCAAGGGUGGGCCUUCUUCGAGGAGUACGCCGAUGCGAGACGCGAGUGGGCAAAGUCGAAAGGUGAUCCGGAGACAGAGCUUCUCGUCGAGCGUGAGAUCCUAUUCAACCGGGCCAGAAGUUGGCAUAUGAUGGGCAUGUCUGAUUUGGCUGUCCGAGCGUAUGCCAAGUUGUUUUCGUCUGCAACGCCGACUGCCAGUGCGCAGACGGGGGCGGGUCAGAUCAAGCAUGCAGACUAUACCAUGGAAGCAGCUUAUGCCGUUCAAACGUUAUAUGCGUUGAGUGGGAAUGCAGCCAUGGCACGAGAUAUUACCGAGAAAUAUCUCGUGGUUUGAGUCUAGACAAACAAAACAGCGAGUAAAUAGUCAAUAAUCAACCACAAAGAUGCUCGAAUUGGUAA